UCAAGUACGUUUGCCGAUUUCAAUUUAUAUUAUUAAAUAUCAGUUGCUUAAUAUCAUUUAAUAGCUAUUUAUUUAGCGGAAAGUUAAAAAAAAAAAAAAAUAAUAAUUCUAAUGACGCCAUGAUGGAUUUGGACGCUUAGACUUUUCUUAGUUUGGUCAAAGAAAAUGGAAGAUAUUCAUUCAGCAAAAGACGACGAUUUGUAUUCUGGAUACAAUGAUUACGAUCGUUUAACGAAAAAUGAAUAUGAAAGAAAUCCGUUAAAGACCACAACACUUAGGAUCGAGCCUUCUUCGGAAGCGACCCCUAUUAUAAAUUACAGGACAUUUUCCAGUAAUAAGAAUACAGGCAUACGACCAAUGACCCCAGAUCAGAUGGCUUCUUCCGUGUUAAACAUGGGAAAAUAUCCUUCUGAACCUACAACUAAUUUGUCUAAACCUAUGACUCCAAGAACUGCAGCAGGAUAUAGGCCUACUCCAUUUCGAAAUAAAGCAAUGCUGUCGCAGUUAAAGCUUGGAAAAUCGGAUUUUUCUGCAGUAAAAGAUGAGCAAAGUCCUCAGGAAUACAUAAAACAGCUUGAAAAAGAAAUAGAGAAGUUAAUAGAAGAAAGUUGCAUAGUUUCUGCUGAAGGCGAUUUGAAAACAGCUCUGGACAAAGCAAAAGAAGCUGCAAUGAAAGACCAACAUCUUGAUCGUUAUAGAGAACAACUGAUUGUAAACGUGUCUAAAGAUAUGGUUUUGACACAAUGUGUAUUGUCAAAUUUGGCUAAUCAGUAUAUGCUAAAUGAGAAUUAUCCGGAUGCUCUUAAAACGUACAGACUUCUCAUCCGUACCGUCCCUUCUCCAAAUUCCACUUAUUUAAGAGUUAACAUCGGAAAUAUAUAUUAUAAACAAAAUAAUUAUCCAAAAGCUAUCAAAUCAUACAGGAUGGCGUUGGAUCAAGUUCCAACUAUCUAUCAAAGUUUAAAAAUAAAAAUAAUGAAAAAUAUAGGACUUACAUUUGUUCAAAUGGGUCUCUUUGCCGAAGCAAUAACCUCAUACGCAUAUAUCAUGAACGAGAAACCCGAUUUCAAGACUUGUUUAAACUUGCUUCUCUGCUAUUAUUCUCUCAGAGAUCAGAAAGGAAUGAAAUAUUGCUUCCAACGGUUGAUCAAUAUCGAACUCGGUUAUAUGAGUCACGAGAAUAAUUGUACUUCUAAUGUGGAAAUUGGCGAAAAUCAUUGUUUAGUAACAGAAGCCAUUCGAAAUGACACUCUGGCAAAACUCGAACAGAAGAAGAAACACGAAGCCGAAUCUAUCAUACUCAUUGCUUCGAAAUUAAUUGCACCCGUCAUAACUUCGAAUUUUUCUACUGGAUAUGAAUGGUGUAUUGAACAGUUAAAAUUAUCUUUCUUUUCCGAACUGGCAAAAGAUUUAGAAGUUAAUAAAGCUGUAAUGUAUUUAGAAAAAAGGAAAUUCACUCAGGCUGUUGAGACGUUAAAGUUGCUUUUUAAUGAUCCUAGAAUACUUGAAACAGUUGCAACCAAUCUUUCUUUUAUAUAUUUUCUGCAAGGAGACAUUAAAAAUGCUGAAUAUUAUGCAGACGAAGCCAUUAGGGCCAACCAUUAUAAUUCGGGUGCUUUAGUUAACAAGGGAAAUUGCUUACUGGCUAAAGAACAUUACAAUGAAGCUAUACGUUUCUAUACUGCGGCAUUCAUCCGUGAUGCUAGUUGCUUAGAAGCUCUGUACAACUUAGGGUUAACUUACAAAAAAUCUGGAAUAUUUUCUGAUGCUCUUGUAUGCUUUAAUAAAUUUCACGCUACUCUUCAAAUUCAUCCACAAGUCCUAUAUCAUAUUGGCGAAAUAUAUGAGUUAACUGGAAAUUUUGAUAAUGCAAUCAAAUGGUAUGAAAAGUGUCUUUCUCUAGUACCAUCCGAACCCCAACUGUUAUCAAGAAUUGGUUUCUUGUAUGAUGCUGAAGGUGACAGACAACAGGCUCUGCAUCAUUAUGAACAAGCCUAUCGUUAUUUUCCAUCCAACGUAGACAUUCUAGGAUGGCUGGGAGUGUACUAUGUUGAUAUUCAGAUUUAUGAGAAAGCUAUAGAAUAUUUCAGAGAAGCUUCAAGAAUUGAAUCGAAUAAUUCCAAAUGGCUUUUACUAAUGGCAAGUUGUCAUAGGAGAAAUGGAAAUUAUAAUGAAGCUCUAGAAAUUUAUAGGAAUGCUCAUGAAAAAUUCCCUCAAAAUAUAGAAUCUUUAAGAUUUUUGGCUAGAAUAUCAUCUGAUUUAGGAUUAGAAGAAGCUGAUGAAUAUGUAACAAAGUUAAGAAAGAUAGAAAACUGGAAAUAUGAAGAUAUGAAAAUGUAUGAGCAAUUUCAACAGAAAUUAACUUUUAUCAAUGAUGCCAAGCAGCUAACAAAUGAUAACGCUUCAGUCACAAGUAAAAAAUGCAAUGCAAUUAGUUUUGAUGAUGACAUAGAAGUGAAUGAUCUUUUACCAGAUUAAUGACAAUCUAGAUUAGUAUCUAUGAAAAAAUGUGCUGAGACAAAAUUUAUUUAUUUUUUUCUUAAAGUAUAAAAUAAAACCUUCAUUGAAUUAUU